GGAGGCUAACUUUGAGGAAGACAUGGAGCAAAUAUUUAAGCGGCUGCCAAAGACAAGGCAAACUGCUCUAUUUACAGCUACCCAAACUAAGCAGGUUGAGGAUUUUGCAAACUUGUCAUUUAAGGAAAAGCCUGUAUAUGUAGGUGUUGAUGAUGGAAGGUCGAAGGUGACCGUCGAAGGGUUGCAGCAGGGCUAUUGUGUCGUGCCUAGCAAUAAAAGGUUUCUGGUCUUGUAUGCUUUUCUUAAGAGGAACCUUUCGAAGAAGAUAAUGGUCUUCUUCUCCUCAUGCAAUUCGGUCAAGUACCAUUCUGAGCUUCUCAGAUACAUUCAUGUCGAUUGUCUCGAUAUCCAUGGAAAGCAGAAGCAGCAGAAAUGA